CACACAAAGGCUUGCAUGCGAUCACAUGAGCUGUUAUUCAAAUCACGUGAGCUCUCUGAAGCAGGUUUUCCAGGUUUGUCCGGGUUUGUUGAACUGUGCUAAAAGCAGAGCCAGCAGGCACACCACUAUGGCCAAAUGGAGCUUUGUUUUUUUAUUCCUGUUGAUCGGAGCUUGUAAUUGUCAAUAUAAACCUACAUGGGAGUCAAUUGAUUCGAGGCCACUGCCUGAAUGGUUUGAUCAAGCAAAGUUUGGGAUCUUUAUACACUGGGGUAUCUUUUCAGUUCCAAGCUACGGCAGUGAAUGGUUCUGGUGGUACUGGCAGGGACAGAAAAUCCCAUCCUAUUUGCUCUUUAUGGAGAAAAACUACCCCCCUGGAUUCACAUAUCAAGACUUUGGGCCACAGUUUACUGCUGAGUUCUUCAACGCCAAGGAUUGGGUAGAAAUCUUUGCAUCAUCAGGAGCAAAGUAUAUUGUCCUUACAACUAAACAUCAUGAAGGUUACACCUUGUGGGGUUCAAAGUAUUCAUGGAGCUGGAAUGCAGUAGAUGUUGGGCCAAAGCGGGACCUGGUGGAUGAAAUAUCUAGUGCUUUACGGAAGUACACUGACCUGCGCCUAGGACUCUACCACUCUCUUUUUGAGUGGUUUCACCCUCUUUUCAAAGCGGAUGAGAAAAACAAUUUUACUACCACUUUAUUUCCGCAACAGAAGAGCCUCCCUGAGCUUUAUGAGAUCAUAAACAAGUACAAACCAGAAUUAUUAUGGUCUGAUGGAGAUGGAGAUGCCCCAGACAAGUACUGGAACAGCACAGGGUUCCUUGCAUGGCUAUACAAUGAGAGCCCAGUGCGGGACACAGUUGUAACCAAUGAUCGAUGGGGAAAGGAUAGUAUUUGUAAACACGGUGGAUAUUACACAUGUGCUGACCGCUAUAACCCAGGACAUCUGCUGAAGCACAAAUGGGAGAACUGCAUGACGAUUGACCAGCGCUCAUGGGGCUAUAGGCGCGAAGCUAAACUCAGUGAUUACCUCACCAUAGAGCAGCUAAUUACGACUCUUGUCGAGACUGUGUCGUGCGGAGGGAAUUUGUUAAUGAAUGUGGGGCCAACACAUGAUGGCCGCAUUACUCCCAUAUUUGAGGAAAGAUUAAGGCAGGUGGGCCAGUGGCUGAAUGUUAAUGGUGAAGGAAUCUACAACACAACUGCUUGGAAAGUGCAGAAUGACAGCAGUACACCUGGAGUUUGGUACACAUGGAGGCCACAGGAGAAGGCGGUUUAUGCAUUUUUGCUUUCAUGGCCAAGUAAGGGAUAUAUUAUUCUCAGCGACCCUAUAGUGUCAGAAACUCAAACACAGGCAGUAAUGCUGGGCUACAAACCAUUGAAGUGGGUCCCGGUGAAGCCCAGGGGUCUACAGGUCUACCUCCCUGCUCUGUCUCCUGAUCAGAUGCCCUGCUCCUGGGCCUGGACUAUUCGCUUGACUGAUGUAGAUUAGUGACUGUGGUCAUAUUAUGAAUUAGUAGAAAACUAAUAACACAGAUGGUAAUAGAGGCAUCGCAACAAAGCUAUGUCAUUCUAUCAUUUGUCAUUUUUAUCCUUUUGUCCUGUUUUCUGGGUUAGAUUAGCUUUUUACUGCAAUAAUGGAGUACGGUGAAUGUCUGCAAAUAACCACUGAAUCAUUUUCAUUCUAUGGUAAUGUAUGUGUAACUGGUCAAACUUCUAUGUAUGUGUAACGCCUGUGUUUCUUUCUUGGGAUAUGUUAAAAAAAUGAAUGUAUUUUAUUUCAUUUACUCAGAGGUGGAAAAUAUGACAAAAAAAAGACAUUCGAGAUUUUAUAAAGCAAAAUGUCAGAGUAAAUUAUUUUUUAAACAAUGAAUGACACAAAUAAAACUUUUUUUUCAUUGGGAGGUCAAUGGUGCAUAAAAAAGUUGCUUUAAUUCUGUCUGCUGAGAAUGUAAAAAAAAAGAGUACUAAGAGGUUUAGAUAUGUAUUAGUAUAAAUCAGUUUCAUUCUCCUAUUACAUUACUUACAAGCAAUUUUUUUGCUGUGAUAUAAACAAGCUUUUAAACACACACGUGUGUACCAAUUUGAAAUACCUGCCAUAGUCCACUUAUGAAAGUGUUGGGAAUCCGAGAGCAUCACAUGCCACAUCGAGACACACGUGCUUACUUCCCUCCCCCCAGAAACUCCCUAUCUGAGUUAUUCAGGGCAGUCGUGCCAGGAAUAGCGCUGUACUGUUUAUGCAGAUCAUAAGCCCUUUCGACUUACUGUGUUUUUAAAGUGUUUAAAUGAACAGGUGUAGUUCAUGCCUACAUCAUAUUUCUCAAAUAAUGCCAUGGACAGAAAGUUUGUUCAAUUGAACCCUUAUUGCUUUGCA